AUGGCAGGAGCCGAGGUCGUGGUGAAUGCAUGGAAAGAAUGGGGUCUCCAAUUGCUUGUGCUGCUCAGCUUCAUGCUCCAGGUCACUCUCCUCAUCUUGGCGGAGUUCCGCCGGUGCAUCGACUCCGGCGUGCUAAGGGUCUUUGUUUGGUUAGCGUACAUGCUGGCCGACGCGACGGCGAUAUACGUGCUGGGCCAUAUGUCCGUGACCAGCAGGUCGCCGGAGCAUGAGCUGAUGGCGUUGUGGGCGCCGUUCCUGCUCCUUCACCUCGGUGGGCAGGACAACAUCACCGCCUACGCUGUCGAGGACAACCGGCUGUGGUUGCGCCACUUGCAGACGCUCGCCGUGCAGGUGGCGGCAGCUGCAUAUGUCAUCUACCAAUCUUCCAUCCUUGGCCUGCGGUCUUUGCUCUGGCCGACCACAAUCCUCGUGUUUGUGGUGGGCGUCCUCAAGUACGGGGAGAGAGUGUGGGCGCUGAGGUGCGCGGGUAGCACCCCAGAGGGCAACAAUUACCGGUCUCUUGAAAGGUAUGCAGUGUUUCGAAGAUUCAUUUUUAAAGACGUUGCAAGUUCAAAACGUCGGCGGGUAGCCACAAGUAGAGGUGUCCUGGAUACGGAAGCCUUCCUACAGAUAGCUCACGAACUGCUGGAAGUUCCCAAAGACUUGCUGUUAGAGGGUUCGUUACCCACUGAAGGUUCAAGCACAGAUCUGAGUGCAGAGGAGCUAUACAAGGUGGUCGAGAUGCAGCUCUCGCUGAUGCACGACGUGUUCUACACCAAGACGCCUGUGAUGCACAGCUGGCAUGGCCUCUGCAUCCGCAUAAUUUCCCUGGUAGCCACCGUCGUUGCGUUAGUGCUGUUUCUCCUCCAAUUAUUGGGUGAUCAUCACAAGGAAUUGUACAGCACAUUAGAUGUUGCUGUCACUUAUGUCCUAUUGGUUGGGGCCGUCAUCCUGGAGAUCACGUCAGUGCUGAGGGUCGUGUUCUCGAGCGGGACUUGCGUGCUCCUGGAAGGAUGGAGUAGGCCGCGGAUGCGGCGUGCUCCGCCCCUGCUGGUCCACAAGCAAAAAGGACGCAAUAUAUGGCAUCUGCUUGCCCGUGUAGUUUCCUCUCUCCGCCGGCUCGUCCAUGCAGCAGAGUGGAGAAGAAGGUGCUGCUGGUCGCGCUCCUUGGGGCAACACAACAUGCUUAAGCUGUGCGCUCGCAGCAGGGCCAGCCGAAGCAGCAAGGUCGCGAGAUGGAUGGGAGUCGAGGACCCGUGGAACAUGCUGGCAUACUCGUGGUCCAUCCCCAUUUCCGCCUCCAUCGAGCAGCUGUUGGUGAAGCAACUGCUCAAGAAUGUAAGGCGAAACCCAGAUGAGAAAUGGAACCCAGAUGAAAUCAUCAUGGCACAGGGUCGAGAGGCGAUGCAGAGGUGGGGGCUGUACGAUGACCUAGACUGGGGUGUAGAGGAGAGCAUACUCGUCUGGCACCUCGCCACCGACAUCUACCUCUAUUGGUACAAGGAGCAACAAAAAGGCACUGGUCGGCAUCAGGACGACGCACAGGCUGAUCUUUCCAAGGCGGUCGAGGCGCUCUCCAAUUACAUGCUUUUCCUCCUCGCAGCACGUCCCUACAUGUUGCCUCCCUCCGCUGACCGCAAUGCCUAUGCCCAGAUGUGCUAUGCAAUGCUGCCCCCAAAAGGAAAACGCAAGAAUGAUGCUCUGUCUGCUCUGGAAUUCAAAUCAGCCCAGGAUCUGGCCAGCUCUCUACGGCGCCUCGGGGACACAUUGGGCACUGGAUCACCUCCCAUUACACUUCAACCUCCUAUUGAAGUAUUAGGCAGGUAUGAUGCAGCAACGUGGGAAACAGGAGCUGAACUUGGUGCGAAGCUCAUCGGCGAGGAUCGCUUAGUAGGCAAAUCUACCGGUGACAUGCUGGAGAUGAUCGUCCAAGUGUGGUUGGAGAUGCUGUUACACGUGGGCUACCGAUGCAGCGCCUACUCUCAUGCCAAGCAGCUCAGCAAUGGUAGUGAGCUCGUCACCGUCGCUGCUCUCCUUGUGAAAUACGUCACACAAGGUAUGCACAGUGGCGCGUGA